UUUGGAUCUGAUGAACAUUAGUUGAUGGGUCAGAAACGGAUAAGAGGGAAGCGUGUGGGUUGUUUCGGUCAAGUGGGAAAUACCGAUUGAUCAAUUAAUUUCGUUGUACAUGUAAACAGAAAAGUGUGAAUGUGACCAAUGUGCUAAAGGAAAACGUAAUUGUACGGUGACAAUGUCAAAUUAACAGCUGUUAUAAGAUUAUUAGCACAAGCAGGCUGAGUGAAAAUGGCCCUCUUCAGAGCUCUGGCCAUUUUCCUGUUGGCCCUUGUAACCAUGACGACUGCCGAACCCCCGGCCUGCAAGAUCAGGAUCACCUCCAGAGGCCUGGAGAUGUUGAAGACAGAGACCCAGAGGUUUGUUGAGGAGGAGCUGGGGAACAUGACCAUGCCAGAGAUGAAGGGCAAAGAGGGCCGCUUUCAGUACACCAUCAAAGAGGUGAAGAUUACGGAGCUGAACCUGACCGGGGCGGACCUCCGCUUCCAGCCCGACUACGGCCUCCUCUUUGCUGUGCACAACUCCUCCAUCUCCCUCAGCUUCCUGCGCAACAUCCUCUACUGGUUCUUCCACGACGUGGGCACCAUCAACGCUUCCGCCGAGGGUGUGAAUAUCCACACGGCCCUGCAGCUGACCAGAGACGACUUUGGGCGCCUCAAGAUCUCCAACGUCUCCUGCGAUGCGGCUAUAUCCAAAAUGCGUGCCAAGUUCUCCGGGACCCUGUCGAGGGUAUAUGAGUUCCUGGCCACAUUCCUGACAACAGCCAUGCGAUUUGUAUUGAACCAGCAGAUCUGCCCAGCUCUGAACCAUGCCAGCCUGGUUCUGAUUAACAAACUACUGGACACCAUCCCCGUGCGUUCAGUGGUGGAUGACUAUGUGGGGAUUGACUACUCCCUCUUGAGUGAUCCUCUGGUGACCUCUAGAAGCAUGGAUCUGGACUUUAGGGGCAUGUACUAUGACCGGCGGAAUGAGAACGACACGAUUGUGAACUACGCCGUGCCGCCGGUCAUACGAGAGUAUGACCGCAUGGUCUACAUGGCUCUGUCCGAGUACUUCUUCGACAGCGGUUUCCACGCCUACUACAAAGCCAAGGUUUUCGAAAUGCUGAUCACACACGAGAAGAUGCCAAAGGACAUGGAGAUGCUGCUGAGGACAACCUAUUUUGGGACAAUCAUGAUGUUGAACCCUGCUCUGAUGGAGGCUCCGAUGUCACUGGAGCUCAAGGUCACCACCGCCCCCCGGUGCACCAUCAAAACCUCUGGGGCCAGCGUGUCGGUCACCGCCAUGUUGAUCGUGAUGCUGCUCCCACCUGGACAACCCCCUCUGCAGCUCAGCAGCAUGACCAUGGAAGGGAAACUCAAUGCUAAGGUGUCUUUGAAAGGCACAAGGCUCGCUGUUCACAUGGACUUGAGAAGGUUUAAAAUCUUCUCUAACCAGUCUGCUCUGGAAUCAUUGGCGCUCAUUCCCCUGCAAGGCCCGUUGAAAACCAUGCUGCAGCUGUCUGUGGUCCCCAUUCUGAAUGACCGAACCAAGAGAGGUGUACAGAUCCCACUGCCUGAAGGGAUGGACUUUAUUGAAGAAGUGGUGGAGUAUCAUAAUGGGUUUAUCGUCAUUGGAGCCAACCUGCACUUUACCAAAGGCUUACGGGAGGUGAUCGAGAGGAACCAGAACGGGCUCAAUAACAGCACCAUGGUGUAAGCUGGAGAAGAAGCAGUUUUCCAGAGACUGAUGGCCAUAUAUAACACCACCAGUAUCUCCAAACAAACAUGCUAAAACACACGCACAAUGAAUAUACUUACAUGGCGACAACUCCUACUUUCCCCAUUCCUUUAAAAAACAUUCACGUGUAAAAAAAAAAAAAAAGCUCAGAGUUUUGUAUUUGUAUUUACCAACAACAAAGAGCAAUGUGGAGCAACAUUUUCAAAGGACUGUUUCACAGGAUAAAAUCUGAAAUAAUUUAAGCCGCAUAUCUAUAGGAAAUUUCCACUGGCACAUUGCAACAUUUUUCAGCGGCAGUUAUGUUUGACCAAAUAUAAAAGGGCAAGAAAUAUAAAUGGGCCCAUUUCUUGAGUUUGACAUAUCUUGAGAUAUGUUUUUAGAUUUUCAUAAACGCAUCAAUAACAUUGAGGACUAAAAAGUGUCAAAAUGAAAAAUGUUUCUCACAGGAACAUAUUCUCCUACAUUCUCCCGUUGUCUCGUCGGUUAAUGCUUAAUAUCACAGCCUUUCCACAACUGAAAAAAAGGGACCAACAGAAAACCUCUCUAGUCAGAAACGGAACAGGUUGUCAUUUCAAUGUGCAGUCUGUCAAUAGUACAGCUUUCUGAAACUGAACUACUGCCAAAACACCAGCUCUCAGAUAACUCUGCUCAGUUCAGUGAAUAAGUAUUGUAUGACUUAUUUCAUAAGAAUAUGGAUGAAUCACAUUUUUCCCCCCCACACACAUUUUCAUUGUGAUUUGCCUCUUUUUCUUUUUUAAACCGUGUUUUACUAUGAUUUUAACAUUCAUUACCAGGACAUACCAAUUUAUUUAGAAUACAUUCUUUUUGCUUUUCACCUUCUUACAUUAGCUGGAGCUACAAAAAUGCUUCUUGAAACAAGAUACAUUUAUGUGGUUUAGAUAAUUUUGGAAUACAUUCACAUUUCGCCCAAAAUACAUGCAUUUUAUAUAUACUGGUGCCAUGUAAAAUAGGUCUUGAAACAAUCAAAAUACAAAAAAUGUCUUCUUUUUUUUCAGGGGUAAAAGUUUCUUAUAUUGUGUGGAGAAUAUGUUUUAUGUAUUGUGCAUUACCUUGUUACAUAUGUGUUGAAGGGGGUGAAAUCUGCCCACUAGUCUUGAAUGUAUCGUAAACCUAACCUCACAAUGACCUAUUCAUUAAAUGACACCAUAACACCUUUUUUUAUUAUUACAUAAAGUCCUAAUAAAACCUUAUGAAAACA